AUGGAGAUAAACGAGAAGCAUGACAAACCUAAUUCUCAUAAGCCUCUCAGAGGAGAUACACUCAGUUCCUGUUCCGAUCUUCCUAUAGAUCUCUUGAAUUUGGUUUUCAAACGCCUCAGCUUUCCUAAUUUCCAACGAGCUAAAUCUGUCUGUCGGUUUUGGCACUCCGCUUCGAGACAAUCCGUUCCCAAACAUAGUCAGUUUUUUUGGCUAGUUCUCUUCCCCAAAGAAAACAACAACAACAACAACAGUAGUUCUUGCACGUUGUUCAAUCCAGAGGAAGCAGACAAACUUUACAGAACGCAAGAUCUAGGUUUGGAAUUUGCAAAGAGUUUUUGUAUGGCAACCUAUGGAAGUUGGUUUCUUAUGCGAGAUCCACGUCAGAAUCUCUACAUUGUGAAUAUCUUUACCCACGAGAGGAUCAAUCUACCUCCUGUGGAGUCACAACUUGGAAGGAUAAAGAUAAAGCGAACUGUAGAUGAUGGGUUUCGCAUUACAGCUCACGGAGUGGGUUACAAGUUCAUACGUAUCAUCAUACAAUCCCCUGUGUUAUGGAUUGACGAGAAAACCAAAGAUUAUAUAGUUCUAUGGAAAGUUAGUGAGUCGUGUAUAGUUUAUUCUAGGAAAGGAGAGACCUCGUGGAAGCAAAUCCACGUAACUUGGGAUUGUUGUAGCAUGUUUUACAAGGACCACAAGCUUUACUUGUUAGGCUUUUCUUCUUAUUUCAAAAUCUUCGAUUUUUCUGGAGCGAUUCCACAACAAACCUCGUCUGGUGUUAUUGGGGAAGGAUUUCAUUUAACUCACCUUGAACGCGGUGUUGUUGCUACAAAACUUGUAGUCACAGUAACAGGACAAAUCCUCAAGAUUGAAAAAAUCAGAAUGAACUCUAAGGCCUGGUCCUUUAGGGUUUUCAAGAUGGUUUCAUCAGGAUUAUUCAAGAAACAAGAAGUGGUUAGUUCUAUGGGAGACGAGACGUUGCUUUUUGAUCAAGGCAUCACUGUACUCGCCAACGACACUGAUGUAUUCAUUAGAGAUUCCAUCUAUUUCAGUCUCAACGAAACUGAUAUCUUUGUUUUUCAUCUCAAGACACAGAAGACGGAGCCGCUCCACAAAUUUGACCGUUCUUCAGCUCAAUUCUCUGGAGCUCGAUGGUUCUUACCAAGUUUUACGCAGAAUUAA